GUGCAUUGUAUUGCUGUUUUAUUGAGUCCACGUUGUCAUCACUAUAUUCAAAAAGUGCGCCGGCUUUUACUGCAAUCUUCAGAAUCCCCAUCUGGUUCCUGGUGAUUUUUCUCAGGCUUUUAAUCAGUCUUUGAUCACUUCCGAGUAUUUCUUCAUUUCACAAUGAGUUCUAUGGAGCAGAUUCGUGUCAUCCAGGUGCAUAAAGAGGAAGAUGUCUUCCACUGCAACCGCAUCCAUUACUCGUCCGUCUUGCACCAAGGACAACGCAGCAAGAUUCUCUUGGCGAGGAGCAACAUCAUCCCUGACAAGAAAUUCGCUAUCAAGCAGAUGCCCCUUCUCUCUGAUGAGGAUAGAGAUCGCUUCACCCGCGAGCUGUGUCUGAUGAAACUGGCUCUUGACAUACGUGGAGUUGUGAAUUUGUUGUUUUAUCCCGUCAUCUGUGGUCCCACCGGCUAUAUCCUCAUGCCGUUCUACGAGAAGAGAGACCUGCUCUCGCAAAGAGGGAAACUGACCUACUACAGAUGGAUGAAAGUGUUUGUCAGGACGGCGGUGUCUCUCCAAAGCCUGCACAAGAAGAGGAUUUAUCAUCAGGAUUUGAGGCCACAGAACAUCCUCCUCACUGACUCUCACGUCGCCUUCAUCUCUGACUUUGGUGCUGCGAGUCUACUCCCUGAGGGAUGUGACCAGGUGGACACGUGGACAGCUGCGCCUGGUUUCCGGGGACCCGAGGCGGACCAGGAGGGUGGUCUCUUCUGUCCAUUCCAACUAGACACCUACAGCCUGGCUGUCAGCAUGUGGCAGGUACUGUCUAGUCUGUGUCCAGUCAAGAACAAGCCUUUGGAUCACCUAGACAACAUCCCCCCGCAGUACGCUGCCUUGUUGAGAAACCUUCUUGUUCCGGAACCCGACAGGAGAUGGACCCUGGACAAGUUCCUCACUGAGGCUCUGGAGCUGCACCCGGACCUGUCCUGUCUUCUCUGAGACGUUUGGAUCCCGUCUGUGGCGUUCUAAAGAUACUUAAAAGACAGUCUUAAUCUUCUUACGUCUCGACUUCUCACUGUUAAUCUUUCUAGUUUGAAGCUUUAUACAACGCCUUUGAUAAACUGAUACCAAUGUUGUAAUAUUGUUCUGAAUUAGAGCAGGCCCAAAAGAGAGAGAGAGAGAGAGAGAGAGAGAGAGAGAGAGAGAGAGAGAGAGAGAAUAUAAUAAAAAGUUGUGGUUAGUCUUUCUUUACAUAGUACUGUGUUCGUGAUCUUGAUGUGAUGUAUAUGUGCCCAAUAAAUAAAAACAAAGCCAAAAAACGUCA